GUCUGGUUGGAAUUUAUGCAUUAAUUUAAUAUUUCAUCCAGCAUGUCACGAAGGGACCCAUUAAAUUCCGCCGAGCCAGUUUCGUACAGCUCGAAGACCAGCGGCAAUGAUAUCAUCGCAGCGGAUCGCACCACCACCGAGAUCAGUGGUCCAACGGACAGCCACGUCCUCUCUCAAGUAGACCAGGAUGAGAAAGGUCUGGCUCAGAAGGCUGGUGAGACCGACACCAUUACGGACGUGGGCUGGGAUCAACCCCCAGACGAACUCGAGGAGAAGCUCGUGUCUGGACUCUCAAAUGAAGAUCUUUGGAUGCUUAUUCGACGGUUCAACAAGCAAAUAUAUUAUGUGAAAGCAGUGCCGGAUCCUCCUUUACAACGACUGGACCUCAACCGGGCAGAAGAUGAGCAAUUCUCCCCUGACAAAUUGCGCGCGACCCUUGAACGAUUUUACACAACCAUUGUCGUGUCGUUAACUGCAUUCGUCAAACAUAUUGCCAGGAUACGCUCGUGGAGGGAGCAGCAAAGGACUUCAGCAUUCUGUGUUGUUUACUUCGUUGCAUGGGCCUUGGAUCUUCUUGCCCCUACCUUCUUCAGCCUUCUUAUCGUUUUGGUCGUAAGCCCUGAGUCCAGGUCAUUCUUGUUCCCACCUGCUCCUAUUGCAUUAGUGGACAAGGACACAGGUGGCGUACAAAAGCCAAAGGCCGGUGUAUUGGGGUCACAUGAUAGUGUUACCGGGGCGCCUGAGAACAUGAAGGGUGAAGCAGCCGAGCAAGAGGCUAGUAAUUUAAUCACAAGCGUUGCUAGUGUCGCUGUAGGUAGCGUGGCUGGCAAACAUGACCAGGGAACGCCUGAGGACGCUCCUAUCGAGUCAUCUGUUCCAGAUGCGAUGGAAAUUGCUACCAAUGCGGCAGACGCACAGACAGCUGCUCAUGGAGAAGCCACGGAUGAGACUCACGAUAAAACCAGGCAACCUAUGAGAGACACCGUCUACAACGCUGCUAACCGAUCAAUGCGCGUCUUGAGCGACAUCAUUGAUACGUACGAAAGGCUUGGAAAUGCCCUGUCACCGACCACACCCUUCUCAAUUGUGACGCCUUACAUCCGCCUAACAAUGGUGCUCUCCGCUGCCUUCCUGGUCUCACUCAUCACCUCCAGUUACGUCUUCGUCAAAAUGAACACGUUCGGAGUGGGAUUCGCGUUCUUCGGAGACCCGAUUAUCAGACGUGCCGUGGACUACUUGAACAAAGAAUAUCCCCGGUGGGAGAGACUUCUCGAACUACAAAACUCUCUUCUGAAGGGAAUCCCCACCAACGCACAGCUCACCCUAACCCUUCUCCGCAUCGGCGAAGCAAACGGCGCUCCCCUCCCCCCUCCUCCAUCCCACUCACUCCACCAAACCCCCCUCCACCCUGCCCCAGUCGAUGACAAGGAUAUCAACAUCGAAGCCUCCCAAGAAGAAGUCAACCAAGCCAUCGCCCCUUCACCCGAACUCAUCGAAGAACAGGAAUCACACCCAGAACCCCACAAAAAAGGCUUCGUCAACCGCAUGAUCGGUUUCUUCCGCGGCACUACAGCCACCGGCAUCGAAAGCAAGUUGGCCGUUGACCGGGCCCGCGCUGCCGCCGGUUCCAAACGCGCCAAAGGCCGAGUCGGCGUACUCCGCAGAAAGGGACAGAUCACACUACCCUCAGGCCCCAUCCAAUACGACGGCCGAUACAAAGGCAAGCGAGGAGUUGUGGUUAUCGACCAAUCCCAAAAACCACCGCUCCUUUACUUCACGACCGACCAAACUGUGCAAUUGGACCGACCGAGUCUGGAAAAUAGACCAAAAGGAACAGUGCUUUUCAAGAUGCCUGUGACUGAUAUCCGGGAGAUGAGGAAGAUCGGCGGGCUCGGGUGGAAAGGGAAAUUGGUCACGGGGUGGGCUGUGGGUGGUAAAGAGGUGGUAGAUGGAUUGGUGCUUACUGGGGCGUUGCCGGAACAGAAUUAUCAACUUACAGCUAUGAAGACUCGCAAUCAGUUGUUUAAUCGGCUGGUUGCGAUCGAUGGACAGGUCUGGAAAUAGUAAGUCGGUCUAUGGAGAUAACGGAGGUGGAGAUGGGAAUUGGGCUUUUGUCAUCAG